CGCGAACUGACUUUUUAACGGCCUCCAGCUGCUCGGCUGUGUAGGACUUUCCCGAGUCCGCUGUCGCUUGUGCGGACACUUCGGGCUCCUCUCUGCCGCCGCGGUGUCUCAUAGCGGGUCCUUCUCCGUUCACAUGACUGCCGUUCUCCUCCGGAGGCUUUCCAUUCUGCGCUAAAGACUCCAGUAAGUCUGUGAAAAGACAGAGGAGACAUUAUCGACGGUUGCCACCUGAGUUCACGUUUCCUAUCUCGUUAAUCCUACCACGGUUAGCUACUUGUUAGCAUCCCAGCUGCUACGAAGACCACUCUAUAAGGGAUAAAACUGCGAAUACCGACUAAUCGUCCACUAUGUUGAAGAAACCAAACGUGUUAGAGAAACGCGACUCUAGGCUGAAAAACUACAAAUACCAGUGUCGGCUAGCAGCUGGUGUAACGUUAAUGCUAGCGUUAGCUGCUUCGGUUUCACAGCGACGGCCUAGCACCCAUGAUUUAAAAACCCCCAAUCACUUCCCAAACAGGCGUUUAUUCGACGUACUUUUGGCUUGCUCUGUCGGAAACAGGCGUUGUGCCUUCUCUAGGAACUUUCUGGCUUUAUCCGGCUGAUUGUUACUGACUGCAUUUAGGGCUAUUUUAAUGCACCGCUCCGCUUCGUCCUUGUUUGAGUCCAUCGCGACACAGCGGAAAUGUUUACUUGCCCUGGGACGCAGGGGGAUGUCGACAGCAAGCUUAUCUGUCCGGUAAAUAAGACGUCAGAGGAGUUUCUUUGAACCUCCAGCAUGUGCUUCAUGAACACCCGGUAAAGUCUUUUGCCACGUACCUUAUAUGUUACAAUGCGCUAAUCCUCCUGCAGGACCCUCAGCCAUAGUAGCAAGUUUUUCAAAAGUAGAAAAUGGCCUUGGUAGCUGCACGCAGCAAGUCAGUUAUAUUUGUCAAACGUGACCUUUUGCGUUACUUGAGGAAAACCUUUCCGCGGUUUCUAGCGAAUGGCACUAUUGUAACCGAACAGGGGAACCCACCAUCAAAGAAGCGAUGGAGGAAAGGUAAGGAGAAGAAACCACCCUCAUGGACCGAUGAUGUGUCGUGGGAGGAGAGGCUGGCAGAUGUGGUCACCCCUCUGUGGAGGCUGAGUUAUGAUAAGCAGCUUGAGCUCAAGCUACAGAAUCAGGAGAAGAUCCUGUCCCAGCUCUCUGGGCAUCUUUCUGGUGACUCACCUGUCAGGGAUAAACUCAGCUUUCCUGUGCUGCCUGUUCUGCCCUCACCAGUGAGAGAUGGCUACCGCAACAAGUCCACAUUUUCAGUCAACAGAGGAGUGGAUGGCAAUCCGAAGACGGUUGGAUUUUAUGUGGGCACAGGCAGGAAGGGGAACAUCGUCUGUGUCAGCGGAGACCACCUGCUCAACAUGCCACAGAAGCACAAACUGGUGGCCAGGUGCUACCAAGACUUCAUCCGCCUGUCCUCACUGGAGCCCUGCCUGCUGUUCCACACCGGGGGUCACUGGAGAGAGAUCACAGUGAGGACCAAUAAAGAGGGCUGCACCAUGGCCAUCGUGUACUUUCACCCACAGAGCCUCACCCCAGCAGAAGUGGCCGUCCAUAAGGCGGAACUGGUGGAUUACUUCACACAGGGUCCUGGAUCGGUCUGUCAGCUGGACUCACUGUACUUCCAGGAGAGCAGCAUGACUCGGUGCACCCAUGAGCAAUCUCCCUAUCAGCUUCUGUAUGGUCAGCCACACAUAUAUGAGGAGAUACUGGGCUUCAAGUUCCGCAUCUCGGCCGACGCCUUUUUCCAGGUGAACCAGGCAGCUGCUGAAGUCCUCUAUGCCACAGUGAGAGACCUUUGUGUCCCAAACACUGAGGAGGAUGGAGGGCAAACAAAAGCCGGCGGCACUCUUCUAGAUGUGUGCUGUGGGACGGGUGCCAUGGGAAUCACUAUUUCUCCCAGAGUGGACAAAAUUAUCGGUAUAGAGCUCACAGAACAGGCAGUGGAAGACGCUAAACACAACGCAGCUCUCAAUAAUGUGUUAAACUGUGAGUUUAUAUCUGGGAAGGCAGAAGCUGUGCUUCCUGGCCUUAUAUCUCAGCUGAGCUUCGCAGGCAGAGGCCUUACAGUCGUGGUAAAUCCUGCUCGAGCCGGCCUCCACCACAGGGUUGUCCGGGCUUUGCGAAACCAACCGGCUAUCCGUAGGCUGGUCUACGUUUCUUGUAAACCAGACGGAGAAGCUAUGAGGAACUUCAAGGAACUUUGCUGUGAUCCUAACUCACAGAAGAAACUCACAGGAGAAGCAUUUUCACCAACUCUGGCUGUGCCCGUUGACAUGUUCCCACAUACUCCUCAUUGUGAAGUGGUGAUACUUUUCGAGAGGUAGCAAAUAGUUUUUGUUCAAAGGUUGGCCUUAACCCUGAAAGCUUGUAAGCAGAGGAAUAAUGAUGUACUGUAUUCUAGAUGAUAAAAUAAAUCGUUGCGCAUCCUA